AUGUCAUUCAGUUACAUGAGACCUCGAACAUCACAGUUGGUGGAGCUUCAUGGUUUUUAUGUCCCAGAAGAAGUGUGGAACUUCAAGCUGAAUACUGUUCCUAUAGCUCUUAGUAGCAAAUUCAUCUCAGCUGGGUUUAUAAGGGUGUCUCCUCACAUCACACUAAGAGCGCUGCGGGAGAAGCUUGGAGAGUACCUGGGUGGAGUUGCAGUUGCAGAUAAAUUCAAGUUUUUAAAAUGCGUUGGGAAAAAACUAGCAGUGGUGAAAGCAAAGCAAGAAACAGAACUUGAACUGAAGUCAUUUGCUCCUCCUUAUGCACUUUAUCCAGAAUUGUAUUUAUUACCUGAAGUGGAGUACUUUGAGGAUGUUUAUCCAUUAUCAUCAUCUACUCAGCAAAGACAUUACUUCAGUGCAGAAGAUAAUAGGUUUGGUCGUGGAUCAAGAUUAUCCAGUCUUCCUCAACAAAAGCCUGAAAAAAGCAAACAAUUUUUAGAAAGCAUACACAGCAGUCAUCAGCUAGAAAAUCAGAAAGUGCAUAGUCCUGUGGAAUGGGGUGAGAAAGAACCUCUUCCAGUUUUGCACACAAAGCAUAAGCAAGACUGUAACAACGGGGUUCAAGAAAAACACAUCAAAUCUAGAGAAAAAGAUGAAAACGGAUGCAGUGGAUCUUCCCUCAUACCAAGUCAUUCAAAUCCUGCACACUGGCAGUUUGGAGAGAGUGACAUGGUAUUACAGGCUUCUCAGCAAAAUCAUCUCAGCCAAGAUCAAAAAGAGCCUAACACUCCUAAGUGGAAUGACAAAGCCACUGGGACUCAUCUUACUCUUCAUGUAAACCACAGUGAUGAACGGGGCCAGAAUAACCAAGCACAUGAAGAUCACAUUACGUAUCGAAAGGACCUAACAAAUACGGAAAAUAAUGACCACCAAAACGAUACCAAAGUAAGAAGAGACAGAUCACAGGAUGCGAGAAUUCUUAAAGUAAUGGAAGACCAAACCACAGAAUAUGCACACAAAAAGCAAAGCUUGCAGCAAUACGGAGCUAGCAAGUCUAUAGCUGAUCCUGGUGGAAAAUGGGAUAAUCAGGCAGAUGAAAGCAAGCAAAAUCAUUUUACAUGCCCAAAAGAAUAUAUUUUGCCUCCUAAUCCGCCUUUUCUAGCAGCUUCUGUAAAUACAGCUCAAGUUCCUGCAAUUCAGGCAGCAAAAAACAAGAUGGUAGAACAGUUGCAGCAAAUGAAGUCAGACAGAAGGCAAAUGGAGAAAACUAGAGAAGAACUGAUGAAAAAAGCUAGAGGGCUAUUGGAACAAAAUAAGCUGAGGAGAUACCAUGUUCGUGAAGAAUGGAAGAAGAAGUACUUUGAAACUAAGAAAACUACGGUUUCACUGGAGGGUGCUUUAAGCAAACUGCGACAAGAGGUAGAGCUUUACCACCAGAAAUUACUCAAGCAAUUAGAAGCCAGAGAUAGUAGAAAACGACGAAACAAUACGACAAACUCCAAGAAUUACACAAUCAUCCGAAUUACUACAGUGCAGCAUGAACUUGAUCAACUGAGGAGGAAGCUGGAUGAUACUAAAAUGAAACUCAUAAUAGAAAUUAAGAUGAGAAAGCAGGCUGCAUCUGAUUUACAAGCACUGAGAGCAGAACUGACACAGAAGAAGAUUCACUCAGCUUUAAUUCUCCAGUCCAGAAAAGCAGGAAUUUAA